AUGGAAGAAUUAAUCUCGUCGAGUGAAGAAUGCAAAAUAACGAACGAAUCGGCUAAGGUAAUUGACCUAGAAACCUUUCAAGUCAAGAAGUUUAGGGAAAGUGAUGCCGGUGAUGGAACUGUGAGGGAAGAUCAUCUUCUCUACGGUUUCAAGUUGAUUGUCUGCGUCAUCUCACUUAUAUUGUGUGUUUUCUUGGUGGCUUUAGAUCAAAUGAUCACAGCUGCAGUUUUGACUACCAUUUCAGAUCAUUUCCAAGAAUUUAAUAAAAUGACAUGGAUUACCGCAGCAUUUUUGAUGCCAAUGGGUGUUUGUUCUCAAGUAUGGGCAAGGCUUUCCAUUAGUUUUGGCCGUAAAUGGAUAGUGAUUGCCGGUAUCAUACUCUUUGAAAUAGGAUCAUUGGUGGCUGCUAUAUCUUCUUCCAUGAAUAUGUUUAUUGGAGGCAGAGCAAUUCAAGGAGUUGGUGGCUCAUCUAUUAUGACAGUCGUCAUGGUCAUUGCUACGGAAAUAACCACAAUUGAUAAGAAGCCGUUAGUUCUUGCUUCCUUGAGUAGCACUUUUGUCGUUGCUUCCGUUCUCGGUCCUAUUAUUGGUGGCAUAUUUGGUACUUAUGUUUCUUGGAGAUGGUGUUUCUAUCUCAAUAUUUGUUUUGGUGCAGUCAUUUUCCCCUUUUUUAUCUUCACCUACAAGCCAAAGCCUCCAGUUGGAACAUUCUUUGAAAAGUUGAACACUGUUGAUUUCCUCAACUGUGGUUUAAUGAUGUCUUCCCUCGUACUACUUCUUCUUGCAUUGUCAUUUGGAGAAACUGGUAAUACUUGGAAAUCUUCUUCGGUGAUAUGCUGUUUUGUUCUUGGUAGUUUAUUGUUGGUAGCCUUCUGCAUAGACAAUUUCAAAUACUCCAAGUAUCCUGCAAUUCCCCCAGAUAUUGUGUCAAAUGUAAAAGCUGAUAUGGCAUUUCUUGCUUUUAUCAUGAAUUUCAGUUGUUUUAUGGUUUUGAUUCAGUUUCUCAGUAUUUACUUUGAGAAUGUUGCUGGUCAUAAUGCUUUCCAUACCGGAUUGUCUCUUAUUCCAUGCGCCAUUCCUGUGGCCCUCUCAGCAAUGUUUUCUGCCGUGAUUAUGAAGAAGUAUCUACUAAUAAAGCCUAUUUGCUUAAUUUCAGCUGUGAUGCUCCCUAUCUCUGUUGGCUUGUUGCUUCUUCUUCCCGUUCAGGAGAAUAUGGGUCGCAGUAUUGGAUUUCAGAUUUUAUUGGGAAUUGCAACCGGAUUAAAUUUUCAAGGACCUAUGAUGAGUGGUCUUAUUCUUGCACCAAAGACUCCAGGCUCAAACAUAUUAACUAUGGCACUUUUCAAUUCUGGAAGAAAUAUAGCUUCUGCCUUUUUUUCAUUAAUUGCUGGAGUUAUUUACAGUGCUACCCUAAAAUCCGCAUUGCCUCAGGUAGCCUCAAAACUACAGGAAACCGGAAUUUCUUUGACUGAUGUUGUCAGUCAAAUAAGUUUACUACAGGAAAUGAAUGCCCAUGACCAGAACCUCGUAAUCAAUCAAAUUAUGCACAGUAUUCAAAACGUAUUUUAUUUGGGUUUAGCAUUGUCGUUUGUUGCGUUCAUUUGCACGCUUUUUAUUUCUGAUAAAAAGCUACCAGAAUCUGAUGAGGUUGAAGCCUAG